CUUAGUACUUUCAGGGUCGAAAUUAUUAUCAUCCAUCCGACUAAUCUAAAAAACAUUAGCCAAAACAUAAUGAUGUUUUAAUAAAACAUCAUAUAUAUAAAGAUUAUUCGGAUAAAUAUCAUCAGUAUUGAAACUAAAAAUGAAUAUGAUCUAUGUAUUGUUGUGCGUGGGGGCGUGUUUUGUGGGGGCUGCUUUUGGAACCGAAGCAGAUAUAAAAGCAUGGUUCUUGGAAAAAGCCAUUGAGUGCAGUCAAGAACAUACAGUCAACAGUGAAGAGAUGAAGAUGCUUAAGGACCAUAAAUUCCCAGAGAGCAACACUGCUAAGUGUCUUUUAGCGUGUGUCUUUAAAAAAGCCGAAUGGAUUGAUGAUAAAGGCAUGUUCAACGAAGACAAUGCUUACAAACUAUCACUAAAAGAGUUUCCAGAUGAUAAAGAAAAACUAGCAAAUGCUAAGAAAUUAUUUGGAUUGUGCAAGACAGUGAACGAUGAAAAUUUCGAAGACGGAGCCAAAGGGUGUGAACGAGCUUCACUACUUGCUUCAUGUUUAGUCAAAAACGCCGGACAGAGCGGAUUUCUUCUUCAGUAACAUGAUAAUAAAACUGUUUAAAUAAAG